UCACAUAUUUGGGAGGUCUGAUGGCAGGACUUCGAGAGAAGAGUGGAAUCCAGACACUUUUCAGCCGUUGUGGGAACCUUCACGUGUGAAGUGACUUUUCAAUCAGGGGCCAAGACCUGUCCGUUGUACUGUGAGACUAGAGAGCCUGUAGCCAUGAUAGAGGUAAGCAAGGAGGAGUGCUCUUAAGCUUUCUGCUGUCCCCCAGCUGCACUUCUCUACAUCUACAUUUGUUACAAAAAGUAUGUGCAUGCAUUCACGAAGUUGCACAAUGACAUUUCCUGCACUUACAGUCUUAGUGAUGACUCUCUUCAGUAUUUCAUUAUGUCAGGAUUUAACAAAUACUACAGGGCUUGAUCUUCUCCAGGAAUUCAAACUGUCAACAGCAUCAGAUAAACACAUAAUAGAAGGAUCAAACCCAGGAUCUAUAGCCUAUCGCAUAAGUCCUAACAUACAGCUCAGGAAAAACACAAGUGUUGGUUUUCCAGACGGCUUCCCUUCUGAAUACUCUAUCAUUGCUACUUUUAAAAUGCUGGAAGACACUUCGCAAAAUGUGUGGCAUUUGUGGCAAGUUAGUGAUUCUGACGGCAAAGACAAAGUUGGCAUUCAGGUUCUGAGAGACAAAAAAAAUCUGGAUUUCUUUUAUGCCACUUCAUAUAAAAUAAGCCUGUUCAGGACAUUUAACAACGUGGGCAAAAUUUUUGAUAACUCCUGGCACAAGUUAGCAUUAAGCGUGAAAGGGAGUAAUGUAAAAUUGCUGAUUGAUUGUCAGGAGGUCAGUGCAGUUCCCACAAAUGAACAGGGAGACAUUUACAGAAAUUGGUACACGUCCCUAGUAAAAAGAUCAGUCGAAAAGUCUUCUGUUUUGGUGGACUUGCAGCAACUUGAAAUGCAUUGUGAUGCAGAUAAAGCAUACUCAGAAGGAUGCUGUGAACUUUCUGAUGCAUGUGAAAGAAGUUGUAAAUGUGCCCAUGGAAGAUCACAAGAUCAAGGAACAACAGGCCCCCAGGGAAUACAUGGCCACCCAGGAGAUUAUGGAAACACUGGAAAUCCUGGUCCAAAAGGUGAUACAGGUCCUCCAGGUCUCAAAGGAUUACCAGGAGUAAAAGGUUUUAAAUGGGUAUUUGGAUCACCUGGAAACAGAGGAGAACUUGGAGCAAAAGGAGAAAAGGGAGAACAAGGAGAACCAGGUGUUGUAGGAAUCAUGGGAUUCCAAGGAGUGAAGGGUGAUAAAGGCUUGUCUGGAGCUGAUGGUUUACCAGGCCAGCAAGGACCUAGGGGCCCAGUUGGUGAUCAAGGGGAUUAUGGUCUACUAGGUCCGAAAGGAGCUCUAGGUUUCACUGGACCUCCUGGAAGGAAAGGUACACUUGGUCAAAAGGGAAUAAGUGGAGACCUUGGACUGCCUGGGAGAGAGGGGGAUCCUGGUAUAGAGGCCUAUCAAGGAUAUCAAGGGCCAGAAGGUAGAAAAGGUAUUUCAGGAUUAAAGGGGGAGAAAGGAUUUCUAGGAAAGGCAGGUCCUGAAGGGCUUAAGGGAAGAACAGGUGUAAUUGGUCCAAAAGGUAUUGCAGGGAUUCGUGGUAGACCUGGUUUUCCUGGUCCCUCUGGAGCUGCUGGUUAUGAAGGGCUGCCAGGACCUCAUGGACUGAAGGGGAAUGAUGGUGUUCCAGGUGCUAAGGGUAAAAAAGGCGAAAAGGGAGAAAAAGGAAUUAAAGGACCAAAAGGAAAUGUUGGAGAGAAAGGUCUACUAGGACCAGAAGGAAUUGUGGGUAGAAAAGGGUUAGCAGGAAUUAUUGGACCACGAGGCCAACCUGGAGAACAGGGUGUUCCUGGAAAUGAUGGCUCACCUGGGAAUGUUGGAUCAGUUGGACCCCCCGGGCUCCCCUUUCCAGAAACUCGUGUGAUAGAGGUGUGCAAAAGGAUUGCUUUAGAACAAAUGUCCACCUUUGCAAACCAUGUGAUGAGGAAAUGUGCCAGCACAUGCCCACUAUAUGGAGAUGUGCCUAUGGGGUCCCCAGGACCUGUUGGUUGGCCUGGACCUCCUGGAAAAGAGGGCAACCCUGGGUUGAAUGGAGUUGAUGGGGAACAUGGCCCUGAAGGGUAUUACGGAGAUUUUGGGGAUCCUGGAAAAAAAGGCUCAAUAGGUGAACGUGGUGACAAAGGCCAUAAAGGUGCCAGAGGUUUUGGGUUAGUUGGCUCUGAAGGCAACCAAGGUCGAAGAGGUGAACGUGGAAGAGAUGGACUAGUGUUUGAUGGACUGCCAGGUCAGCCUGGUUCACGGGGACAUAUGGGGCAACCAGGACUGAGAGGCUAUCCAGGAUUUAGGGGACCUUCAGGCAUAUGCAAGAUAGGAUGUGAGCCAAAUCUUAUGAAUGAAGUUCAUCAUCAAAGUGAACAAAUAUUUCAGGGUGAAUCACUGUGAAAUCUCUUGGUGUAAACAAAAAAUGGUGGGGGAAAACUUACCCAUUCUCUCUUUUUAAAAUGAAAAUAAUUGGAAAAAUAUUGGUAAAUUCUUAUGUAGUAUAAAAUAUGUUUACAUUGUGAAAUGAUUACAGUUGGUAGUGGCAAAUAAUUUCAUUUAUACCUUUUACAUAGAGAAUAUCUGGUCUAAAAAUACUGCACUUAGCAUAGAUCAUAUUAUUUAUAUUAUAUAAAAGAGAACUAGUUUUUUUUUUUAAUUGGAUGAGCUAAUCCUUUUCUGAAUAUACCUAGGAAAUAUUCUUUACAAUAAAAGCUGAAAAACUUACAAGUUUAUAUUAA